AUGAGACCACCCCAAAACGUGGCCGUUGUGUUUCACUUCGUUCUGAGCCUUUCCGAACUCUCCUUUUCGCAAUUCCCUCGAGCAUGUACCUCUGCGGACACACUCACCAGGAAGGAGUGUUGUCCAGUUUGGAACGGGGAUGGGUCUCCGUGCGGGCAGCUUUCUGGCAGAGGAUCGUGUGAAGAUGUGUCAGUAAUCUCCACCCCACAAGGAACUCAGUUCCCAUUCUCGGGGGUGGAUGACCGUGAAAACUGGCCAGCGGUCUUCUACAACAGGACUUGCCAAUGCAACAAAAACUUCAUGGGCGUGAAUUGUGGAGACUGCAGGUUUGGCUUUAUUGGUGCAAAUUGCACGAAGCAACACAUGUCCAUUAGGAAAAAUAUAUUCGACCUCACCAUCGCAGAGAAGAAUCAGUUUUUUGCCUAUCUCAACCUCGCUAAAUAUACCAUCAGUGAGAACUAUCAGAUCGCCACGGGAACAUACGCCCAAAUGAAUAAUGGCUCAAAUCCCAUGUUCAGAGACGUGAGUGUCUACAAUCUGUUUGUUUGGAUGCACUACUACACCUCCAGAGACACUCUGCUGGGGGUGUCCGGUGUUUGGACAGAUAUUGACUUUGCCCAUGAAGGCCCAGGAUUCCUCACCUGGCACAGAGCCUACAUGUUGCUGUGGGAACAUGAACUCAGGAAGACAGUGAACAAUGACAACUUUACCAUCCCCUACUGGGACUGGAGAGAUUCACAAGACUGUACCAUCUGUACUGAUGAGUAUAUGGGGGGCCGCCAUUCCACAAACCCCAACCUUCUCAGCUUGGCUUCCAUCUUUUCUGCAUGGCAGGUGAUUUGCACCAGACCAGAUGAUUAUAAUCGCCGUGGAGUUCUAUGUGAUGGCUCUCCUGAAGGACCCAUUCAGCGAAAUCCAGGGAACCAGGAUCGCAGUCGGACGCCAAAGCUUCCAAGCUCAUUGGAAGUGGAAUUUUGUUUAAGUCUGGCUGAAUAUGAAACUCCGCCCUUUAAUAAGUUCGCCAAUUACAGCUUCCGGAAUACGUUGGAAGGUUUUGCCAACCCAGGCGAUGGGAUAGCUAAUGUAUCACAGAGCAGCCUGCAUAAUGCCCUACACAUUUACAUGAAUGGAUCGAUGUCCCGAGUCGGUGGUUCGGCAAAUGACCCAAUCUUUUUACUUCAUCAUGCUUUUAUUGACAGCAUAUAUGAGCAAUGGUUACGGAGACACCAGCCACUUCAGAUGACUUUCCCAGCAGCUAAUACACCAAUAGGCCACAGCCGUGACUAUUACAUGGUGCCCUUCAUUCCAAUUUACAGAAAUAUUGAAUUCUUUGUUUCAACAAGAGAACUUGGAUAUGAUUAUGAUUAUUUGGUUGAAUCAGUACCACCUUCAGUUUCAGCAAUUCUGGCCUUCUAUCUACAAGAAGCCAAGCAGAUCUGGCCUUGGCUGUUAAGUGCUGGAGUGGUUGGCUGCUUGGUGACUGCACUGUUAAACUGCAUUAUUAUACAGAAUUGUAAGAAGAAAGAGAUCUCUACCUUUGAAGAGAGACAGCCACUGCUCAAUACUCGUGAUGAAUACCAGGGCGUAAGCUACCAAACAUCUAUCUAAAUUGUCUGUUCAACACAAAAGUAAUGGCACGAAUAAAAGUGCAAAUCAUUUGUGAAAUGACUAUCACACUCUACCUGAAGCCAUAAAAUUGUUUCA